GCGGGGGCGGGGCUGCGUUUGCUUCCGCCGCGCAGGCGCAAUCGUGUCGCUCGCGGUGUCUCGAGUUGGCGUCCGCCGGGAAGGCGGGGCUGGGGCUCGCACAUGGCCCCUCUGCGGGGAGCAGAGCUGGUCCAGACGCCGUUGCAGCUGUACCGUUACUUACUGCGUUGCUGCCGGCAGCUGCCAACCAAGGGCAUCCAGGAGCACUACAAGCACGCCGUCAGGCAGGUGCGAGCAAGUCUGGGCGAGAGUUUCCAAGUUCACUCAGACGAAGACAACCCCGAGAGAAUCCAGCAGAUUAUUAGAAGAGCCAUUGAAGAUGCCGACUGGAUCAUGAACAAGUAUAAGAAACAAAACUGAGUACCUGGAGCUCACAGCGAGAGCACAGCCGCCCCGGAGACACGUGGGACUGAGAAACCUCUCUGCUUUUGGAGCUACAGAGCAGCAUCAGUUCUGGAGUAGUCUUUGAUCUUGUUGACUGAAAGCAGAAAUCACAGCUGACAUUUGGUCAGGUGGUUUCUCAUCAUUGCAGCCAUGUCCCCAGCAUCUUUUAUGUCUGCUUUUCCAGACAGAAACGAUACACAAUUUGGGGAGAA